AUGGCGGCGCUGGACACGGCCAUACUGGCAGAUAAGAACGAUGAACACGAGGUGGAACUGUCCGACGAGCAGAUCGAACAGCUGCUAGCGAAGGCCACGGCACGCCUCCAGCAAAACCCAGACCAGCAUAUGGUGAAGAGAAGGGAAAACUCUUACACCUUCCCCAAGCUCAAUGCCGGCGAACUGGAGAAGCCAUACCUACAGACUAAAGGCGAUGUAGCCUCAGUGGAUGGUAAAAGACUGUUGGAGGAGAAGCACAGAAAACAAGCCGACGGUAUUCGCAAGGUCGAGGACCCCGUGGCGGCGAAGAAGGUUGCUCUUAAGAAAAAGAAAGCCACCUCUGGCGCCGCCUGGUACGACCUCCCCGCCACCGACCUAACACCCCAGCUCAAACGCGACCUGCAACUCCUCAAAAUGCGCAACGUCCUCGAUCCGCAUCGGCAUUACAAGAAAGAUGGCGGGAAGAUGCAGGCGCCGGAGUAUAGUCAGGUGGGUACUAUUAUCGAGGGGCCGACAGAAUUCUACUCGGGUAGAGUGGAGAACAAGAAGCGGAAGAGGACUUUCGUGGAGGAGGUCUUGGCCGGUGAGCAGGAGACGGGGAGGUUUAGGCGGAAGUAUGGGGAGUUGCAGGGAAAGAAGACGAGUGGGAAGAAGGGGUUCUACAAGGGUGUUAUGAAGCAGAGGAAGGGUGGGUUUAAGAAGGGUCCUGGUUGA